AUGCGACCCUCUGCCGUUUUUUGUCUCGUCCUCGCAUUUUCCAUUGUUUUGAUUCAAGGUUGGGGUGUUUCGGGAGUAAAAGCUCAGUGGUUUCAAUCUUUCGGGUUGCAGCCUUCGAAGAAACGCCGGACCUGCCUUCUGAAGAAGAAGAAUUUCCUGCUACCGUAACUCUUAUCGAGGAACCUGCUCGUUAGUCAAACUCAAUUUUGCAGAAAAAAAACUGAAUAAAAAUGUUUCAAUUUUUCUAGAAGAUUUCUCUUUCCUGUCUAAGCCGCCAAAGAAAAAUUGAAAAGGACCUUUCUUUAUGUCAGAGAUUUUGAUUUAUAAACAUGUUGAAAAAGUUUUGUGAUGUACAAAAGCUCUAGCUGGAGACUUUGAAAAGAGUAGACGGAGUUCACCGCGAUAAAAAGCCGAUCGCAGUUUUGUUUUUGGUUAGGAACGACUUCUGGGCCUUCAAAAACUCAGCAAGCCUUUCUGAAAAUGGCUCUGAUUUUCAGUGAACCUGAACGAAACUUCUCGGAAUGCGACCGCCGUAGAAACAUCAACUGGAGGUUCGUUUUCCGAGUGAAAUUUGGGAAUAGUGCAAGAGAAGCCUACGUGUUGAAUAUUGUAAAGCAGAGAUUUGCAGGCGGCUUCAUGAACUGGAUUCGCAACAAGCUCGGCUGA